AUGUCUUCUUCCAACGCCAACCAGCAGAGAGAUAGAAUAUCUACACAGCAAUACCAAUGUGAUCAAUGUGUCUUGUUUUUUGAUAACUACCAGAAGCUGCAAAACCACAAGAGAAUUCACAGAGGAGAUUCAGCAACAAUGACUGAAAUUGACCAGUCUAUUCUGGAUGAUGUUGACAUGUACCAUGACGAAAAUGAUACUAGUAAUGAAGAUGAAUCUGUUAGCAAUUCAGAAUAUACUAUGGAGUCUAUGGAGCUUGAUAAUACUAUUUCAUAUAAGUGCGCAUGUAAUUUUGAGGACAGUGAGAGUGAAGCUCACAUUUACGACAGCAGCCGAAUCAGUACAAAUACUUUUACCAAGGCCGAGUUGAUGAACCAUGACGAUAUAAUGAUGGAACCUGGGGCUAAGAUCAGUCAUGGCGAAACUGUUGAUGCUUUGCUCAAGUCAAAGUCAAGUGUCAAGGGCCAUGAGUAUGAUGUCUGCUCUAGUGGUUGUCGAUUGUAUGGCAUUAAUGACGACCAGGAAUCUUGUGUUAACUGCAGCAAACCGCGAUACAAGACUGAUCCCGAUCAAAGUCAGACACCAGCUGCCAGUAUGAAACUUAUGUCAGUUGGGGAUAUGCUUUCUCAAAUGUUGGCAGAUCCAGCCACAAGAGAACUCCUCUGUUACAGAGCAAACCGGGAAUCUGUAGCUGGUCAGCUAACCGACAUUUUUGAUGGUGACAAUUACAAGCAGUUGGUGCAGCAGGGCCUGUUCUCCAAUCCCGAUGAUAUUGCUAUUGGGCUUUAUACCGAUGGACCCAUCCAUCAGAAGCCAACUCAUUUGGACUCCUUUCUAAUACCCAUCAUCAAUGAAUUGCGAGAUCUUGAGGCACAUGGCUUGGUUGUCAAGCACAAUGGAGUGGAGCUUUGCAGAUCCAAGGUCUAUCUUCUGCUUGCUUCUGGCGAUAUUCCAGCUGUAGCUGAUAUGGCCCACAUUGGUUCCCAUACAAGUUUAUUUGGUUGCCGUUUUUGUGAGACCAAAGGCAAAUGCCCUACUAACAGACGGCAUGGCAUGUACUUUGAUGACAUUUCCGCCCGGUUAAGACCUUUGGAAGACUUCAAAGUAGGCAGCCCUUCGAAGAACAUAUACCAGCCGAGCAUAUAUACCCAACUCUCAACCUUCUCUGGAUCAUCAUUUUUUGCAUUAGAUGAACUUCAUUUAAUUGCAAGAGGGAUUGGAAAGCUUGUGUAUGACCUGAUUACCGUCACUCUCACAAAGGAAACCAAAUUUUAUUAUACCCAUCCAGACAAUACCCUCAAUACCACCGAAUACCCUUUUCAUAUACCAAGAGCAGACCUUGUAACAAUCGGAAACUGUAUUACCAGCUCACGAAAAUAUAUACCUACCUCAUUUCAAGGCAGUUUCGACAACGUAUUUGCCAAGAUCGAUGGUACUCGCGCAGUGGACUGGCUUGACUUUCUCUUAUACCUUGUCCCCACUUUGGUCGUGCCUUAUUUACCAAAUAGGGCUGUCAAAACAGCUCUAUUAUCUCUCGUGAAAGGUUGCGCGCUUGUCUUGCAAUGGACGUUGACAUCAGAAUUGCUUGAUGAGAUGGAGUCAUACUUCAAGCACUGGCACUCGUUUUUAUACCAACAAGUCCAGAAUAAUACCCUGUCUCGUAGUGUUUUCCGACCAGUGCAACAUUACCUGGUCCAUAUACCCUAUAUCAUCAAGCAGCAAGGCCCCCUGCGAUGCUACUCCACUCACUCAAUGGAGAGACGAUUUGCGAUUCACAAUUAUACCAGCACGGCAAUCAGCAUCUGUGAUGAAAUCAACCUCAUUUGGCCAAAGCCAUAUGGAAGAGAGAGCUACAUGGACCUUCCUAAUGAUCCUAGUGGCGCGCAGUUGUGGGAGCCGUUUCAUCAGUUUGUUAAUUUGAAUGAUGAUUUGGUGGAAGGUGUAGGCGGCCCUAGUGUGAAGGAAGCUUUAUUGAAAUACUACCGGAGAACAACAGGCUUGACUGGCCACGAGUUUGGUGACUCUGUUGUUGUUGUAGCUGCACGUCUGUGGAUGGACUCGACUGUAUAUUCCUCAUGCAUGUACCGAAGAAAGAAAAACGAGACCAGCCGUGGCAACCAUUACGUGAUGUUUACUUGCCCCUAUAGAAACAACCAUAAUAUAAUUGUUCACAGCUGGCUCGUCGGUACAGUACAGUUCUACUUUCAGCAUGUAGAUUUCUAUGGCUUCCCACACUUUCUUGCUUUCGCGGAGGUCAUGAAGGAACAUGACGCGGCUAGUCAUGACUCAUCAGUACCUAUCGUCAAACAACAGUCACAAAGCACCCAUACACUAGGCCACCAAACGCAACCGACUUAUGCAGUUAUAAGUGUAAAUGACAUUUGUCAUCAAGUUGGUCUGGUCCAAUACCCACCGAAUGGAAACCAGUUUUAUGUAAUCGCGCCCUAUUAUAUCUUUAACAACAACAUGCGCAUUACUAAAGGCAAUCUUUCCAUUCUGUAA